CCGGCCACCGGGGCCAUGGCCAGCACCGCCGUGCAGCUGCUGGGCUUCCUGCUCAGCUUCCUGGGCCUGGUGGGCACGCUGAUCACCACCAUCCUGCCGCACUGGCGCCGCACGGCGCACGUGGGCACCAACAUCCUGACGGCCGUGUCCUACCUGAAGGGGCUGUGGAUGGAGUGCGUGUGGCACAGCACGGGCAUCUACCAGUGCCAGAUCUACCGCUCGCUGCUGGCGCUGCCCCGCGACCUGCAGGCGGCGCGCGCGCUCAUGGUCAUCUCCUGCCUGCUCUCGGGCGUGGCCUGCGCCUGCGCCGUGGUGGGCAUGAAGUGCACGCGCUGCGCCAAGGGCACGCCCGCCAAGACCACGUUCGCCGCGCUGGGCGGCGCGCUCUUCAUCCUGGCCGGCCUGCUCUGCCUGGUGGCGGUGUCCUGGACCACCAACGACGUGGUGCAGAACUUCUACAACCCGCUGCUGCCCAGCGGCAUGAAGUUCGAGAUCGGGCAGGCCCUGUACCUCGGCUUCAUCUCCUCGUCCCUGUCGCUCAUCGGCGGCACGCUGCUCUGCCUGUCCUGCCAGGACGAGGGGCCCUCCAGGCCCUACCAGGCCCAGCCCAGGGCCGCGACGGCCACCGCGCCCGCCUACCGGCCCCCCGCCGCCUUCAAGGACAACCGGGCCCCCUCGGCCACCUCGGCCUCGCUCAGCGGGUACAGACUGAACGACUAUGUGUGAGUCCCCGGGGCCCGUCCCUCCCCGAGUCCACAG